GCGUCCGGAGACUGGAGCACUAACGACAACCAACCCCGACACCCAAAGAAAUCCGUCAAAAUGGUCAAGAAGAGGGCGAACAACGGCCGCAACAAGAACGGCCGCGGCCACGUUAAGCCCGUGCGCUGCUCCAACUGCGCUCGCUGCGUUCCCAAGGACAAGGCCAUCAAGAGAUUCACCAUCCGCAACAUGGUCGAGUCUGCUGCCAUCCGUGAUAUCUCCGACGCCUCCGUCUUCGCCGACUACGCCGUCCCCAAGAUGUACCUCAAGCUGCAGUACUGCGUCUCCUGCGCUAUCCACGGCAAGAUCGUUCGUGUCCGCUCCCGGGAAGGUCGUCGCAACCGUGCCCCUCCCCCUCGCAUUAGGUACAACAAGGACGGCAAGAAGCUGAACCCUCCCCAGGCCGCCAAGGCUAUGUAAGGGUGUCACGGGAAAAUGGAAUUAGUUAAAACGGCAUGAAUGUUACUUUUCCCUUUUUUUUGUGAACAGACUCUUCUUACACGGUGCCAAUGGAAUGAACGGGUUUCACCUCGGGGUUGAAAAAAGACAUUACCGGUCUUGAAGCACCAGACUUCAUAAGACGAUACCAAAAAUAAAUAUAAGAUUAUGACCC